AUUAAUUAUGUCUUUAUUCAGUUUAUUUAUUUGUUAUUAACAUUUUAUACUAAUUGCAUUAUGGUGUCAAAAGAAACUACGAAACAACUAGAAAUUGUAAAAAAAACACCAAAAGAUCCUCAAUUUUAACCUGGUAACCCAGUACCAUUUUACAAAAAAUAAUGGUUAUUUUAAUCUACGUCUGGCAACACUGCAACUGUCAAAGUGGUUAUCCUCGACAGUCGACAUUGUAGACUUAUUUUAUUUUAUUGUUUUUCGCAAAAUGGAUAUCGAUACCGACCAUUUACUUUGUAGAUUGUGUUUAAAUAACGAUAAUUUAAUUCCACUAUUUACUGGUAGAAGCGAAGAUGCUGAUUUUAGCGAUUUAUUAUAUCUCAGUACCGGCGUUACCAUACAACCAAACGACGGUCUACCUCAAAUGAUAUGCGAAAAAUGUAAAUUAGACGUGUAUUCAGCUAUAUAUCUAAGAAAUAGAAGCGAGGAGAGCGAGGCCAAAUUGUUGGAAGCUGGUUACCAAAAAACUGGCGAACAAACCAUAACAGUCGAAGGUACUUACGAAAAUGGUGAUGACGUAUCAGAAACUAGAGAAAACGAUGACGAUAACAACGAUAUUGAAGACGUAAAUUCAGAUAAAGAUGAAGUAUUAACAAAUAAUAAUAAAAAUCAAGACGUAAAAUCAGGGAAUCCAAAAACCGGUGACAUAUCAGUGAGAUAUACAAAAAAUGACGACAAAAUAGUAAUAGAUAAUAGAAUUGACGAUAUAAAUUUAGAUGAUUAUGAAAUUGUGAAUGGAUUCCCUGAAUUAAAAGCUCAUACAAUCGACAAAUUGGAUGAACACGUUGACAUGACAAAAUUACCUAUUGGCAUAGAGUUAAGAAGAGUUUCUAGUAAAGAGAAGAGGUUACAGUAUUUGUCUUUGGUUGAUGGUCAAUUUGACCCUAAGGGACCAAUAAAGUGUAAAGUAUGCAAGAGUAUAUCAAGGAAUUGGCACUGUUUUUUGAGUCACGCGAAGAAACAUAUUGGAUUCGAUUUUAUAUGCGAGUUCUGUGGCAAAAGGUUCAUAGGUUCCCAUCAACUGAAGCGUCACUGCAGAUCCCACCACGGUAUGAAAAGAGAUAUAGCUUGCAAACACUGCGACUAUCUCGCUCUAGACAACUCUCAGAUGCGGCUUCACGUCAGACGAGUGCAUACAUUGGAGCGACCGUUUGUAUGCGACGACUGUGGCGCCUCCUACCACAGCCGACGAUGUCUCGUUCAACAUAUCGACUGCCAUCGCCCCGUCACUAUAUCACAGUGUGGAGACUGUCCGAAAUCAUUUAAGACUCCUCUACAGCUGACAAGACAUCGCUGGAGAUGUCACAAACGAAACUCGACCGUUGCUACAGAUUUAAAAUAGGGAACAACAGCGCAAGCUGACGUAACUAUGUGACCAUCAUUGCUUACCAUCAGGCGAGAUGGUGAUCACAUGUCGGCCCAUUAAAUACACAGGGUGGAAUGUUGUAAUGCCAGCUGAAGGGCAAGUACUCUUAAUACUUAAGAUAGAAAAUUUUACUCAAAGAAAACAUUCCUUUAUUUUUGACAAGAAAGAAAUCUGCAUCAUCAUAUCUAAAAUGCAAAAGCGGUGCGUAAGAGCCAUGUUCCGUAAACAGAGUUCGGAGAGAUGGAGGCCAUUA